UCUCGCAAUGCAAAUUAAGUUCGCUAGUGAACUAGUCACGUUGUUUACGUGUAACAUAUAAUUUAUUUCAUUAGUCUGUGUUGUUUAAAUAACUUUCUAUCAACAUUUUGCAGUUGCACGGUGUGGGAAGUGUCAGCAGCGGAAAGUUUCGAAGUGGAUUCCUAUCACGAUCUUCAAGUAGCGAAUGUCUUACUUAGAUCUAACUUAGUUUAAACUUUUGAUCAGUAGGUACUCCCAGCAAUAACAAUGUCAAAUUCUGAAAUAAUAACCUUUGAAGACCUAGAGGCAACAGAUGUAAUCAGUGUGGAGCUGGUUCCCGAGCGUAAGGGUCUCAUUCUGAAGCACUGUGAAUACUAUGUCAGCUCCCGGAGACACGGCACCACUGUGACGAGGAGAUAUAACGAGUUUGUACAGCUGUAUGAUGUACUCUAUGCCAAAUAUCCGUACCGUGCCGUAUGCCGCUUGCCCCCAAAACGCGUAGUCGUCAAUGGCGGCAGCCCCCUUUUCCUUCAACGGCGCCGCGCCGCCCUCCAAAGAUGGUUGACACUCAUGGCGAGGCACCCCGUAUUGGCCCACGAUGCCGACUUAAGAACGUUCCUGUGCGAGGCAAACUCGAGACUCGAGAAGCCUAAACACGACGAGUUUACGUUGGCAGGAACACAAGAGAGCAGCUCUAGAGACAUGACCACAGAAGAGAUGCAGGCAGCUUUCGUGUCGAGUCAAGAGCAACUGCGACUGGUACAGCUGGGAUUGGACAGGCUCUUCCAAAUCUUCGAGAGAGCGGAGAGUCGCUGUGAAGCAGAAAAGGCGGAUAUAAGAGAACUCGGAGCUGGGCUGAACGCGCUUUCCGCUACCAAUGUCUCCGACACCGCCCGCUGGUCGCCCGUGCGCGAAGCGCUUAAAGUCGCUGCCGAACUGGCGGUUGAGAUGGGCGAAAAUACAACAGAAAAUACGGACUUCACAGAAGAUGGUAUUGGAGGGAGGCUGCUGUUGGCUCUAGAUGCUUUAGGGGCUUACAGGGAACUGUGCGGGCGUCUGACUCGGGGCCUGCACGCCGAGCGGGCCGCGGCGGCCGCGCAGCACAAGCACUCGGCCGCGAGUCAGCUGCUGCGCGAGCGACACCGGUACGCGCUCUGCUGCGCCACGCAGGAAGCGCUCCUGUCUCGAGCCUACGCACUAGCUGCUGUCGAAUCUCUUCCGUCUCUCUUCCGCACGCAAGGCGCGACGCACGCGCGCGUCGCCACUCUUUGGGCGGAUCUGCAUACAGCGCUCCGACACGCCGCCAAACCGAAAUAGACCUUAAUACAGAGGUAUACAGUUAAAAAUUAGAAUGCUAGCAUUAGCUGCUCGAAGAUAAUAAUUAGAAUCUAAGGCCAACCACUAUUAACAGACAGAUCAACGUCAUUCAACAGUGAAUUGCGAAUAAAAUUCAGCGAACGCUUUAACAGUGACAGACGGUUUGGUGCAACCGUUGAAAAUAGUGGUCAGAUUUUAUGAUCGUACUUCGUAUUUUGUGGUUAAAGAAUUUAUUUUCUCAUAAAGAAAUUUAACAUUUCACUUAAAUAGAGAAAAUACAGGAUAAUUCAUAAAAUAUGAGUGAGCAUUUUUCUACGUGGCGUAUUUUUGCGGUGUUAAAAAGCGACAUAUUUUAUUAAGCGUAGAUAACGCCAUACAACAUACACAUGGAGGCGUAGUAAAGACAUGAACACCAUGUGACAAGCUGUGUCUGUGUUGUAGUGGUACGUAGGAAACUCUGAAGUUCUUAGAAAAGGCUACUUAGAGAUCAUAUAACAAAAAGAGGCAUAUUAUUUAUGAAAAUAUAACUCUUUAUACUUGUUUUGAGGUACAUAUAUGCAAUAUGGUCGUUAUCUGUGUUUCAGGAUUGAUGGCAAUUUGGAAAUUGUACGUCGAGCGUUAUUCCAAUUUCGACCUAAGAAUUUUUUCGUAUUACUAUUUAUAACGAUUUUCAUUGUGGGCUCAGCCAACAACAGAGUUACAGUAGGCUUCAGUUAUAGUUUCAUAAUGAAGCCUAGUUCUUGUACGUCUGUUUAUUUUUUAAAUUACACAUUUAAUCGCUUUUGUAGUUAUUCAACGGAUGAUCAUAGAGAAGCAUGUCAUUCAAGAGUGACGUCAAAAGUUUACAUCGCACAGUUGUGCGGUUAAUAAAAAAUACUGGCAAAAAAUUGUAUAUCAGUAGUUUUUGAUAUCCCUCAGUAUUCAUAUGACACUGUUCAAAAAAUCUUGCUUAAAUUAUUUUGUGUCAAAAAAGCUUGAAUCCCGAUGGGUACCUCAUGAAUUUCAUACAAAACCUCCGAGGACCUAAAAUCGCCAUACAAAAAAGGCAUUGGAAGAAUGAGCUGUGUGCGCUUCAGGGUAAUCCUAUCCUAAUGAAAAUUUGUACGCGUGGUGAGAAAGAGAUGAAGCACGCAUUAAAAUAAAGAGUAACGUCCUAAUUACUUCAGCUUUGUCUAUUCUAAACACUUUCAGUUUGCCCCUCGUAGUGAUGCAAACCGGUUUUGAAUUGUAUGGAAAAACCGGUUAAUAACCGAAAUUUCUUACAAAUAAAGCCGGUUUGCGUUCCUUAGCCACAGGUGUCCUAAAUAAUCUAACAGAUGGCACUAUACGUAAUUUAUGAUCUCCGACACGGCCAUCCCCACAUUGUCCGCGUCACUGAGUAUGUUCUCUUCGAAAAUAUUCUAAUACGCCUUUACUACCUUGUUAUUUGUACGUCUCUAAUUAUACCUCGUUUUUUUUUAGCAUUAGAAAAAAGGUAAACAAUCUUGAUGUGUCUUUUAAUCGAAAAACACAAUUUAAAAAUAAGUUACGGCAAAUAUGUUAACUAUUAUGAAUCUAAUACGAUCAUUUAUAUUCUUCUGCUUUCAUAAGUAAUAGUUUUUGGUUUUUAAAAAGCCUUUUUCAAUUAAAAGACAUGUCAAGAUCGCUUACCUUCUUGCAAGUUCUUUCUAAUGCUAAAAAAACGAACUAUAGCGUUGGAAGAAUCCCAUCCGUGCCUGUAAAAAGUGUAAAACAUUUAAUAAUGGGGUUCUUCCCGUUGGGGGUGUUGGAUCUCUCUACACUCUGAUUACAGUUCUGUAUCGUCGGCCUAAAUCGCAAACCUCGUUACUCCCCCGGACCACUACGACUACGAGGUUUGCGACUUAGGCCGGUAUACUACUCUCAAUUGCGGAUAAUCUAAACUAAAACAUAUCUUAUUGACAUAAGUGCCAAUCCAAAAUGUAUUUUAUUGUAUAACCUAAAUUAAAAUAAUUAAAUGAAUGUUGCAUAUUAAACGCCGACGGUGUCGGACGUAAUUGUUAGUUAUAUUUAACUUUACUAUGUAGAUAAGUAUACAUUUUUAUUCGGGUAUAUUACAUCAUUUAAAAUAAAGAUUAUGUAAUAUGUAUACGAUUGUUGAGAAUAAUUGUUAUAUUCAUAUAAUUAUUUACCAAAUAAUAUUUUUUGUAAAUAAAUCAAAUGAAAUCAAGUGUCUUCCAAAUCGAUAAUUUGACAUAAUAUGCAAAUAAUAUUUUGAAAACGUUUACCAUUUAUUGUUAAUUAUACGUACAUUUUAAGCAUAAUAAGGUUUUGGGGGUUUUAUUAUAAAGUAGGUAGAUAAGUGAGUAAAGUGUGUUCUUAAUGGAAGACCAUAAUAUGAUAUUGUUGUUACAUUUAAAUAAUAACAUUAAUUUUAAAUUAUUUGAAGUGAAAAGAGGACCAAAAUUAUAUAUUUUACCUGUGAUAUUACCCAUAUCUUUUCGUCAUUGUUUCUAUUAUAGUGUAAGAAAGUGGCUUCAAAUAUGUUUAAAAUAUAGCUGUAUUUAUAUAAACUAUAUCUAGAUAUGAUUACUUUAUUAAUACAAGGGUUAUGUUAUUAUGUUUUGUUGAAGUUUCUGUAUAUUGAGUACUUUUUACACGAAAUAUAUUAUUAUUAUAAAUUAUUUA